CCUUCUGUUUCCCUUCUACCGGGCUGCAUUUCUCUGGGUAGCAGCACUGACUUGCUUCGCAGAGCGCCACCCAUCUCCCGUAUUUAAAGUCCUGUCUCCGCUCACCUUUGCAUUUGGAAGCGCAUCCUUUCAUUCAGCAGCAGCUCAAGCAUCUCAGUGGCCGGAACCGUGGGAUUUACAGGGCAAUGAUCUCACCGGAGCUUAAUUUUAAUUUAUUUACGAGUGACCUUUCACUUUACCUCAAAAACCAAGUUAAAGUCGGGCUAUUUGGCUCUGGGGUUGGACUAUCAGUAGUGCUCGGAUUCGGCGCCGCUUAUGCCUGCUACUACCUGCUCUCUGUUGCCAAGAAACCCAUUCUGAUAGCCGGAGGGAAGAAGUUUCAUCAAUUCCUCCGAGACCAAUGCCCGGUGGUCUCAGAGACGUACUACCCCACGUUCUGGUGCUGGGAGAGUCGAGUUCAAACGCUGCUCAGACCCUUUGUGACCGCGAAGCCUUGGGUCAGCUACAGAAAUGAGCUCAUUAGAGCACCAGAUGGAGGCCAGAUCUCUCUGGAUUGGUUUGACAAUGAUGACAGUGCGUCCUAUCCGGACCAGUCCACGCGACCCACUGUGCUGCUUCUCCCGGGACUGACGGGCACAAGCCGCGAAUCCUACAUUCUACAUAUGGUACAGCAGAGCCGGGAUCUGGGAUACAGAUGUGUGGUGUUCAAUAACAGAGGUGUAUCGGGUGAAAAGUUAUUGACACCUAGGACUUAUUGUGCAGCCAACACAGAGGAUCUGGAGAUGGUCAUUGAGCAUGUCCAGCGGACUAUUGACAAAGCUCCGCUCAUGGCGGCUGGGGUUUCUAUGGGCGGGAUGAUGCUGGCAAACUACCUGGGUCGGAAAGGUUCUGAGGUGCGUCUGAAGGGUGUGGUGGUUUUCUCGGCAGGCUGGGAUGUGUUUGAGUGCACGGCUUCGCUGGAGAAGCCCCUGGACCGCUUCCUCUUCAACUCCUACCUCACCAGCUGCCUGCAGGCAUCCGUGGACCGUCACAGAACCAUUCUUGAGAAAAAAUAUGAUAUAGACCAUGUGAUGAAGGCUAAAACAAUCCGAGAGUUUGAUGAACGUUUCACAUCCGUCAUGUUCGGUUAUCCAUCCAACGAAGACUACUAUCGAGACGCUAGUCCCAUUCACAAGAUCAAGUCUGUGCAGGUGCCAAUGCUUUGCCUCAACGCAGCUGAUGACGUCUUUUCCCCAAAUCAUGCCAUUCCAGUGGAGGCUGUGAAGCAGAACCCCAAUGUGGCCCUCCUCAUCACCUGUCACGGCGGCCAUAUUGGCUUCCUGGAGGGUCUGUGGCCACGGCAGAGCACCUACAUGGACCGGGUUUUUCGGCAGUUCACCAAGGCCGUGUUUGAGAAUGGCAGCAGUCUAAAUGAUCUCUACUGACCCUCCCUUUCCAUUCCCUCUACAGCCAUGAGCAAAAAAAAAUCAGUAUACAUUUCCAAAAUGAAGGGCACAGGUUCACUUGAAGGCCAGGAUUGUUUUUUGUCAGUCUGUUCAUUUAUUUAUUUCACUAUUUUAGUAGUUUUUUAGCACAUCUCUUUGAAUUGCAUUCAUGGAACAGAACUUGCACAUGUUCCAUCUGUGUAUCCGUCCAUCCAUGUGUGCACUUAUUUGUUUCUUAAUUGCAUUCAUAUGUGACUUGCGUGUCUGUGUAUGACUCUUAAUCAUGUAUUGUUAAAUCUCUGAACCACUCAUUAGGUGAUAUUACUCAGCAUUAUUCCACAUGAGGGUCAGAGUGUCCAAAAAACAUGAUUAAUAGCCUCUUGAAACUUACAGGGACAAUGUCACAAAUAAAUUUCGAGGUCAAAUAAAAAUAAAAAUAAAAAAAAAGAGAUUAUAGGCUUGCAUAAAGAAGAUGAAGCCAAAUUUACUAAGAUUAAUUUUCAUUGUGACAUGAUUCUUGUGACAAUUACCGUAAUACAGUAAUAACAAUCAUAAAAUCACAAUGAAUUACCUAAAAACAGUACAAUGAUAUAUUACUUUGCAAAUUCACAUUACAAUUUACAUAUAAUAUAAUUUUUGCUUUUACAAAAAUUUUUAUGAGAGUUUAUGAGAUUAUCAUAGAAGUGGGUUAAACAGAAAUUGUAUUUAUUUUAUAAGCAUGAAUUGCUUGCUUAGAAGUCAUUUUUAGAUUAAAAAUGAUAUAAUAAUAUUAAAAAUAUCAAAAUAGUUAAAACUAAGAAUCUUGAUUUAUUUAUUUAUUUAUUUUAAAUUUUAUUGCAAGAUUAGCUAAUCUCUGGGUACUUCAUGGGGUAGAAAUAUUUUAAAUAUUUUAGGCCAUUUUGGUUUUAAGACUGAAGGCCAUUGAGAAUUAGUUUGAUUAUACCUGGACAUGUUGUUUAUUGAUGAGAUUUUAUCAAACUGCACUAUUGUAGAAAUGAAUUUUGGAGAGCAUAUGUGCAGUUGUUAUUCUAAGAUUUUUUUUUUUUUUUACAGAGAUUUUACCUAAACUAUUCAAAAUCAAGGACCUAAGUGAAGGAAAAAGAUCACUGCACUGUCCAGCUGCACAUUUACCUUUUUAUGUAAACAUGAAGGUUUAUUUCAGUGGUUACCAUAAAUCAACCUACAACAUGUCAGUGACCAGUUGACAUUGACAUGCUGCACCCAACGCCUUAUCAGUUCAGUCCCUCACAGUGUUAAGGAAGGAAGAUUAAGCUAUUAUUGUCUUUAUAGUAUGAAUAAAUUGAAGUGCGUAAGGCCAGUUGAAGUAGAGACUCAUCUCCAUGUAUUUACAGAGGGUAUAUUUCCAAUUCUUCACUAACUUGAUGUUUCUUUAAUGUAUCUUAAAUGUCUGUAGCUUUGUAGCCCUCAGGGACUAACCCCAAUUCUGCUAAUUUUGGUUGUGAUUCCUGUUAGUUUGUGUUUUUUAAGGCAAGAAAAGAUUGUAUCAUAUCACAGUUUUUAUUUUUCACAAGAAUGUAACGCAUGCACUUUUUUUCCUCAUUCAUUACUGUUAUAUUUGCCACUGACUAGCUCAACAUUGUUUUGACUAGGAAUGUGAAAAUUGAACUACUUUUAGUCGAAGGCUACGAACCUCUGUAGCCCCAUAUGUUAAAGUGUGUUUUCUUGGACCGAACAGACGUGGCUUCAAGGAUUCUGUAAAAGUGAAAAUGACUUGAGCUACUGUUUGUCUAAACUAAAAUAUGCUUGCUUUGAAUUUACUUCAGGCUCAAAUGCCUCUUUAUAUGAUGACGCCAUUGAAAUCCUACCAACAGCUCCUUAAAUUAUCUAAAAAAAUUAGAGUGAAAAUACAUGUAUAUGUAUGCUAUUGCGAUGGCAGCAAUUUUUUUGAGGAAGCUCUUUAUAAACUGUGCCCAAAUAUAAUUGUACAUAGGGAUUUUGAUGGAGGAAUUAUACUAGACGUUAGUUAUUGAAUCCUAUGAAAACGCAUGGCCCAGCCAUGUGUUGAAUAUUGACCUUUGUCUGUUUUUAUUACGGUGCUGCUUCAUAUUGCGCUUCUAUCUGUCAGUGCUUUGGGGCCACAUCUGCUCCUGUGGACUUUAAAAUGCUUUCCUCUGUGCUUUCCGUCUAUUUCUGAGUAGCAUGUGUCACUGUUUUAAGUGUCUUGAAUAACUGUACCAACAUGCAUCACAUAACCUGUAGCACAACAGACAUAUUUUUCCAUUAAGAUGUAUUUCCUUUUAUAGAUUUAUAAAAGGAUUGUGUAUUUAACAUGUGCAGCAAUAAGAUUUUAAUACAAUAUAUAUGUCAGUGUAGAAUAAAUACAUGCACAUGUACUUGUAUGGAUUAUAAGUGCAUUUGUGGUCUUAAAUAAAUUAUGGAAUUUA